AUGGAUUCCAGAAGGCGGGGGGGCCGGCUACAAUACUUAGUGGACUGGGAGGGCUACGGUCCUGAAGAAAGAUCUUGGGUACCCGCUAGGAACAUUUUGGACCCAUCUUUGACCCGGGACUUCCACCGUGCUCAUCCCAAUCGUCCAGCACCACGACAAAGGGGACGACCACAAGGAACACCUGGAGUGUGUUUGCCCCUCACCAACACCGAGGGUGGCAAGUGUAGAGGAGCCCAUGUGAAAAACAUCCAGGGAUGGGAUUUGUUGUUCUCCGCUGACCAAAUGUCCAUGAAGCCUUUUACUACACAUGCUGAGGACAGCCGUCCAAAAGCAUGUUUGUCCGUCAUCCUCACCGAUGGCGACAUCUUUGAAUGGAGAGGAGUCGAUGGACCGGAAGUCGACCGAUUCCUUGAUUUGACUAUCCAUCAGUCACAGGAUUCGUCACUCCCUGAGUACUCUCUGAGUCCAAAAGUAUGUUUGUCCCUCACUGACAUCGAGGUUGACAUUGGAGUAAAUGAAUUGGAAGUUGACAUUUGUAGUGACAGUUUCCCUGAUCCGAUUGACAUCGAUUCACGGGAUUCGUCACUCACUCCUGUUAACAGGCCAAUGGAUGUGGACGACAGCCCAGAAGAACAAAAUGGCGCAGGGAGAAAGAAGGCAGGAAUCCGUGGGUUCUUUAAGGGAACUUGUGAGGCUGUGAAACGUCUCUUUCUCCCCAGCCGCAGUACUAAAGUGGAGCUGCAGCCGGACAAACCUCGAUCUGAUGGAGGGCUGUCUGUCCCAGUUGUGUCCGGUCUCGAGCAAAGUUCAGGUUCCCACUCGCUCGAGGAUAGACCUGACGCGUGUCCGGUUGAUGAGGAAAAUGCAGCCGACGUUUGCUCAGUGCCCGAUCAAACGGCGACAGGAAUCCGUGGGUUCUUUAGGAGAACCUGGUUGGCUACGAAGCAAACCUUCUCCUGCCUAAGCAAUACAAUAGAAAGAUCUCCAUCUUAUCAAAAACUGUUUAAGCCCACUGAUGGAGAUGUUCAGUCUUACUAUAAAUUGGGUGAUAUCCUGGGAAAAGGAGGAUUUGGGAUGGUCCGUCUGGCAACCCGUAUUUCUGAUGGUCAAGAGGUCGCCGUCAAAUUCAUGUCCAAGUUGGAAGAUAAGCGUACUCUUUUGAUUCCUGGCCAUCGCAAACGUCUGCAUACCAAGGUGGCUCCCUUAAGCCCAAAUGCGAUCAGAAUGUUCGAGUGGUUCGAUGAUCCCAAGGAUGUGAUCGUGAUUAUGGAGUACCCUAAGCACUGCAAAAGCUUGUUGGAUUUUGUCAUAGAACACUCAUGUCCACUGAGUGAAGACACGGCACGUGUUUUAUUGCGUCAAGCAGUACAGGCGGUAAUCGACUGCAUUGACCACGGCGUCUUUCACAAUGACAUCCAUCUAGGCAACAUGCUGGUCAACACGAGCACAUUAGAGCUCAAGUUCAUUGACUUUGGUUGUGGUCAGCUGUUCUCUCCUGCUGGCUACAAGACCAAAAAGUAUCGAGGAGUACCAAGUUACUGCCCACCCGAGGUCUUAUCCAACCCCAGAUAUCACGCCAUCCCUACAAACGUCUGGUGUUUAGGUUUGGUUCUGUAUAAAAUGGUCAAUGGGUGUAUAUGGAUGCCAUAUGUCAACUCAGAGGAAGUCCAUUUUUGGAAUCCCAGCUUAUCGGAAGGCUACACGUAAAUGUACUGGACAUCACACAGGACUGACCAGACCUCAUUAACCUACUGUUAACGUUUUUUUAUUUUUUAGUUAUGUUAAAUUGUAUUUAUUAUUGUAAUAAUUUGAUUUAAGCUUUAUUACACUGAUGUAUUGUAAAUAUAAUUCAAAUCAUACAUAUGUUUAUUAUUUUAAACCAAUGUUUUUUUCCUAAGUCAAACUUAAUACACCAUGGUGGUGUUUCCCAGACCGGGUUUAUCUUAGCCUCAGACUUAAAUGCAUGUUUGAGCUGCUUUAAUUUAAAAAUACCUUGAAGUGACAUAUCUUGCAUCAGUGCCUUUGUUUUGUCUUAAGAUGCACACCAGUUUUUUUUGGGUUUUUUUUGUAAAUUAUGUUUGUAUAAACUACUUAAAUGUCCUAGUCCUGAAUGAAUGUAAACACUGUCUGGGAAACUGACCCUAAAUAUUACAUUCACCCAAUCCAAAACAGUCAUAUUAAUGAAAUGUAUUUUCUUGAAUGUCUCAUUGUUUAAAUAAAUCGAGUAUUUUUUCAAAAA